AAAGAAGGGGACGCAAAUACUAGUUUUUUUCACAAAACUAUUAAUGGAAGAAGGAAAAAGAAUAUGCUCCAUGGAAUUAGAUUUCAAGGAACUUGGAUUGAUGAUCCUGCACAAGUAAAGAAGAUUGUAAGGGACCAUUUCUCAAGCCAAUUCUCUUCUCAGCCCCAAUUACGACCAUCAUUACAGCACCUUCAGUUUAAUAAAUUAUCUGACAUGGACAGAGAGAUGCUUGAGGUAGAAUUUACUAUUGAGGAAAUCAGAGAAGCAGUCUCUUCUUGUGCUAGCGAUAAAGCUCCAAGGCCUGAUGGGUUCAAUUUUCACUUCAUCAAGUCAAUUUGGGAAACAAUUGAAGGUGAUAUUAUUAAUUUUGUCAAUGAAUUUCAUCAAAAUGGAAGGUUGGUUCGUGGCCUUAAUGCAUCCUACAUCACUCUUGUACCCAAAAAGAAAAACCCCACAACCUUGCAAGAGUAUAGGCCAAUAACCAUGGUCGGUUGUCUUUAUAAAAUUUUGGCCAAAAUCUUAUCAAACAGGUUGAAAAAAGUCAUUGGCAAAAUUAUUAAUUCAAGUCAAUCUGCUUUUUUAGAAGGGAGACAACUUGUGGACGGCGACUUGACCCUUAAUGAAUUGGUACAUUAUUUGAAAAUGAAAAAGAAGAAGGAACUCUUGUUCAAAGCUGAUUUUGAAAAAGCUUUUGACUCAGUGAAUUGGAACUACUUGGAUUCUAUGCACUUCAAUAUGGGCUUUGGGGAUAAGUGGCGAAGCUGGAUGAAAGAAUGCCUAUCUUCUGCUUCCUUCUCUAUUCUUGUUAAUGGUAGCCCUACACCAGAGUUCAAAAUGCAGAGAGGAUUGAGGCAAGGUGAUCCUCUCUCACCUUAUCUUUUCUUAAUUGCUGCUGAAGGCUUGCAUGCUCUACUUUACGAAGCUGAAAGGAAAAAUCUUCUUGAAGGUGUGGAUAUUAAUGAGAAUUUAUCUAUUUCUCACCUCCAAUUCGUUGAUGACACAGUUCUUAUUGGAGAUGCUUCACUUAAGUCCAUCAGAGCUUUCAAGUUUCUUCUCAGAUGGUUUGAAAUGGUCUCUGGCCUCAAAAUCAACUUUGGCAAAAACAUCUUAUAUGGAAUUAAUACCGAAGAGAGGGUCUGCCUUGAUAAAUCAAAGGGAGGGCUUAGCAUACCAAACCUUGCACUUAGGAACUCUACCCUUUUAGGGAAAUGGUGGUGUAAAUUCUAUGAUGAUGAUGAGAAUGGGAAGUUAUGGAAGAAAAUCAUUGUUAGUAAACACUACGAAGGUGCUCCUAUUGAUUCUAUUACUAAUACUAUCCAUUCAAGAUUGUCUCCUCUUUGGAAAGAUAUCCUAUCUAUUGGCAGAGAUGAUGAAAGAGCUUCUGCCUGUUUCAUUGAUGGUUUUAUUCAAAAGCUGGGUGAUGGUUCAAAAACUAGAUUUUGGAAGGAUGUUUGGCUAGGCAACUCUCCUCUUAUGGUUGAUUUCCCUCGCCUUUUCAACCUCACUCGAAGCAAGGAUCUAUUAGUUGCCGACUUAAAGCAACCCAACAUAGAUGGAUGGGCCUUUCAAUGGCGUAGGCCUCCCUUUGGCAGGGAAUUGGACGAGCUUGGGGUGCUGGAAAAUAUUCUGGAAAAGGUGUUCAUCCCAUAUGAUAGAGCUGAUCAAGUUACAUGGAAACACAACCUGGUGGGAUACUCUACAAAACAUGCUUAUAGGUUCCUUGAGAUCUCCUCAUCAUGUCUUGACAAGAGCUACUGGAAGAUUAUUUGGAGUCCAUUCACACCAUCCAAAAAGACCUCAAUCAUAUCUUUGCCACUUGCCAUUGUUCUCAAAAUGUUUGGAAGUGGGUUUGCUACUGGUGGGGGUUCCUUUUAUUCCUACUGCAAAUGCUCCCUUGCUAAUUACCGAGCUUUGUUCACUUAUAGAUGCCAGGAAAUCAUGGAACUGUUGGGCUUUAUCUAUUCUCACCACAACAUGGACAAUUUGGUACUUCAAAAAUGGUAUUGUGUUCAAUAAACUGAAUUGGGAAGAAAACAACAUUUAUGGUCUAAUUCAAGCUAAAACUUUUUGUUGGAUUAAAGGAAAAUCAAAAUCUGCAGUGUUUAGUUUUGGUGAUUGGUGUCAAUUUCCAAAUCUCUGUGCUGAUGGCAUUUAGACUACAAAAUGUAACUAUUGUCUUCCCAUUUCUUUUGUAAGGAAGAGUACCCCUUGUACUCUUUUAAUAAAUUUUGAUUCAUCAA